GCACUGCAGUGGCCUAGCCGGCGUCGUCCUCCCCCUCUCUCGCUCCUCUGUCCUCCCCUCUCCACUUGAGAAGAACACAAUUAGGAAAAAAAGGCAAAAAACAUUUACCUUUUUUCUAUCUGUAUAUUAUCUGAAUAAAUCAAGAGGAGGAAGAGGGGAGGGAGCGAGGGAGGGGGAGGAGUAGCAAAUCCAGACUCCAUAGCAACCAGCUCGCGAGAAGGGGAAAAGGGGGAGGAAGAGCUUCGCUUGUGUAUUGAUUGCUCGCUGCUCCAGUCCCUGCAUUCGUGCCGUUUUUGGCAAGUAGGUGGCGUGGCAAGCAUGGUGCCGGGCUAUGACUGCGCCGCCUCCGUGCUGCUGUGCGCGGAGGACAACGCUGCUAUUCUCGGCCUGGACGACGAUGGGGAGGAGUCCUCCUGGGCGGCCGCCGCUACGCCGCCACGUGACACCGUCGCCGCCGCCGCCGCCGCCGCCACCGGGGUCGCCGUCGAUGGGAUUUUGACGGAGUUCCCCUUGCUCUCGGAUGACUGCGUUGCGACGCUCGUGGAGAAGGAGGUGGAGCACAUGCCCGCGGAGGGGUACCUCCAGAAGCUGCAGCGACGGCAUGGGGACCUGGAUUUGGCCGCCGUCAGGAAGGACGCCAUCGAUUGGAUUUGGAAGGUCAUUGAGCAUUACAAUUUCGCACCGUUGACUGCCGUUUUGUCUGUGAACUACCUCGAUAGAUUCCUCUCCACGUAUGAGUUCCCUGAAGGCAGAGCUUGGAUGACUCAGCUCUUGGCAGUGGCUUGCUUGUCUUUGGCUUCGAAAAUCGAAGAGACUUUUGUGCCACUCCCCUUGGAUUUGCAGGUAGCGGAGGCAAAGUUUGUUUUUGAGGGAAGGACCAUAAAAAGGAUGGAGCUUCUGGUGCUAAGCACCUUAAAGUGGAGGAUGCAUGCUGUUACUGCUUGCUCAUUUGUUGAAUACUUUCUUCAUAAAUUGAGUGAUCAUGGUGCACCCUCCUUGCUUGCACGCUCUCGCUCUUCGGACCUUGUCUUGAGCACCGCUAAAGGUGCUGAAUUCGUGGUAUUCAGACCCUCCGAGAUUGCUGCCAGUGUUGCACUUGCUGCUAUCGGCGAAUGCAGGAGUUCUGUAAUUGAGAGAGCUGCUAGUAGCUGCAAAUAUUUGGACAAGGAGAGGGUUUUAAGAUGCCAUGAAAUGAUUCAAGAGAAGAUUACUGCGGGAAGCAUUGUCCUAAAGUCUGCUGGAUCAUCAAUCUCCUCUGUGCCACAAAGCCCAAUAGGUGUCCUGGACGCUGCAGCCUGUCUGAGUCAACAAAGCGAUGACGCUACUGUCGGGUCUCCUGCAGUAUGUUACCAUAGUUCUUCCACAAGCAAGAGGAGAAGGAUCACUAGACGUCUACUCUAAUUGUGGUACGCUUCAGGUGUGCUCCUCACCGCUCUAGGAGUUUUUGAUUGGUUCAAACAUCUUAAAUUUAGUUUGGCCGCUGGAGGAUUAUGGUUUAGUCAAGUAGUUGCUGAAUGGAACAACAAAACACGCACACUACUUGGUCCAUAAAGACAAGAAAAUAACUGGCAGCGUCCCGCGAGCCAGCGCUGCAAUCCAGUUCAUGCAAGACCCUAGAGUCCAGGGGGGGUGCUGGUGUAGGUAGAGAGGGAACAAGGCAUUCACAUACGCCGUAGAGAUGAGAGAGCCUCUCGUAUGUUUUGUACUUUUGCUCCUUCAGUUUGCAAUGAACUAUAUAAACAAGGAUUGCCUUGGGGCAGUGAACAUUUGUCGGAUGAAAAGAAUCAAAAAGGAUGGGGGUCGGCAGAGGAAUAGAACAAUUUGAUAUAUUUCCAUAAACUA